GGCCCCGCGCUCUUCCCCCAGUUCUCGCCCUCUUCCUCCCACCCCCUUACCAGGACUCACGGUGGCCCUUCCCCUUGCGGCGGCCGAGAAGCGCCGAUUGGCUGAUGUUACCGGCUUUUAUUUGCAUACAGCGGGUGAUAGGCUGACGGGGCGGUUCCGCGCAGGGCAGGUCGGGAAGGCGGCGGGCAUUUUGAAAGAUCGUGCGGCGACCAGCGGGCCGCUCUCUCCUCAGCAGCGCGCCAUGGCGGGGCCCGGCCCGGAGGGGCUCUACGAGAGGUAUGUGACUCAGGCAAAAGAAGCAGCCAGAAAUGGAAAUCUGGAAGAGUCUCUUAAAUUCUUCAAUCUUGCAAAUGAAAUUCAUCCCAGUGAAAAGCUGAAGAGCAGAAUCAAAAGGCUUGAGGAAACACUUGCAGAGCUGGCACUUGCCACAGAGGAAGAAGAGGGAUUUGUGGAUGUAUGUAACAGUGGUCUAAUGAUCUAUGGAGAGAUGCACAACAAACUCUUUGAGUAUCAGAGAGAAGGUGUCGCCUUCCUAUACAGCCUCUACCGUGAUGGAAGGCAAGGAGGUAUAUUGGCAGAUGACAUGGGUUUGGGAAAGACUAUCCAGAUCAUUGCAUUCCUUUCUGGGAUGUUUGAUGCUGAACUCAUACAGUUUGUACUGCUAGUCAUGCCAACCACCCUUGUUAGCAACUGGAUGAGAGAGUUUGCCAACUGGACUCCAGGACUGAGGGUGAAAGAUUUUCAUGGCACCAGCAGGACUGAGCGUAACAGAAAACUAGAGAGAAUCCAAAGAAAGAAUGGCAUAGUGAUCACAACAUAUCAAAUGCUGAUCAAUAACUGGCAGCAGCUUUCUAGCCUUAGUGGAAAAGAGUUUGUUUGGGACUAUAUUAUUCUUGAUGAAGCCCACAAAAUUAAGUCCCCAUCUGCUAAAACCACUAAAACUGUAUAUGCUAUUCCUGCAAAAAAUCGCAUCCUCCUCACAGGGACACCAGUCCAAAAUAAUCUGCGUGAGAUGUGGUCCUUGUUUGACUUUGCAUGUCAGGGGGCCCUCCUAGGAACUGUGAAGACCUUUAAAAUGGAAUAUGAGAAUCCUAUUACAAGGGCAAGGGAGAAAGAUGCGACUCCAGGAGAGAAAGCACUUGGUCUUAAGAUCUCUGAAAAUCUAAUGACCAUUAUAAAACCAUACUUUCUUCGAAGAACUAAAGACGACAUACAAAAGAAGUACAAGUAUGAAGUGAAAACCCAUCUUCCUGAAGAUCAGAGUAAGAACAUUGCUCCUGUGAUGCCUUCUCUUACCAGAAAAAAUGACUUCAUUGUGUGGGUGUAUUUAGCACCAGUUCAAGAAGAAAUAUACAGAAACUUUCUCUCUUUGGAUCAUGUGAAGGAGGUGUUAAUGACAACGCGGUCACCUUUGGCUGAGCUGAAUGUCUUAAAGAAACUAUGUGAUCACCCCAGGUUAUUGUCAGCACGAGCAUGUAGCCAGCUUGGCUUGGAAAGAGGUGGUUACUCCGAGCAGGAUGAUGAGAAUGAAGGGGAUGCAUUUUCAGGAGCUAACAAAAUUGAUCAUCUCUCUGAUGAGAUUCUGAUUCAGGAGUCUGGGAAAUUGCUGUUCCUCAUGGGACUUCUAGAAAGGCUGCAAGAGGAGGGGCAUAGAACUUUGGUAUUUUCUCAAUCAAGAAAAAUGCUGGAUAUCGUAGAGCGCAUUUUAACUCACAGAAAUUUUAGGACCAUGCGUAUUGAUGGAACAGUGACACACUUAGUGGAAAGGGAGAGGAGGAUUGGUGUGUUUCAGAGUAAUAAGGAUUACUCUGUCUUUUUGCUUACUACACAAGUAGGUGGUGUUGGCAUAACCUUAACAGCAGCUAGCAGAGUGGUGAUCUUUGAUCCCAGUUGGAAUCCAGCUACUGAUGCCCAAGCUGUGGACAGAGCUUAUAGAAUUGGACAAAAAGAAAAUGUGGUGAUUUACAGGCUGAUUACCUGUGGUACAGUGGAAGAAAAAAUAUAUAGGCGACAAGUCUUCAAGGAUUCAUUAAUAAGACAAACUACUGGUGACAAAAAGAACCCAUUUAGGUAUUUCACUAAACAGGAAUUAAGGGAGCUCUUUACAUUAGGAGAUACUCGAACCUCUGCAACGCAGAUUCAGCUGCAGUCCUUGCAUGCCACUCAAAGAAAGACUGACUUAGAACUGGAUGAACAUAUUGCUUAUCUGCACUCGCUGGAAAUGUUCGGCAUUUCAGAUCAUGACUUAAUGUAUACACGAGAAAUAGCUCAAGAAGAACAGGCUGAGAAUGAAGACGCUCAUCAGUAUAUUAAACAAAGGGUACAGAAGGCCCAAGAGCUGGUCCAAUUAGAAUCUCAGCUCAAAGACCAAUUGAUGGGAAGAAUCAGAAGUGAUACUGAGGGAGCAUGGCUGAGACAACCAGUAUCGUCUUCCCAAUCAAAAAAGAAAUCACCAGAGUUUAACACAAAUCACUUUAUUUCAUCACUUGUAUCAGUUGAACCUUCAAAUGAUGAAGCUGUUGAUCUUACAGAGGAUGAAGAUGUUGCUAAUGUCAGUGCUAGAAUGACAAGUUUGGUUAUUGUGGAUUCAGGGGAAGAGAAGCCAGCACAGGAUGUGUCUAAUAUGGAUGUUAAUGAAUUACUUACUAGCAGUAAGGUUUUGAAACAAUCCAAUAUACAUGAAGCUGAACAAAAACUUGAUCCAAAUUUUAUACCAUCUUCCCUUGGAGUUCAUUCAUUUGCUAACAAAGAGAGUCAUAGUCAUGAAUCAAGAAGACACUCUCAUUUCUCACAUAGCAUAAACAAUGCCCAAAUUACCUCUUCACUGUUUUCACAGCCUUCGUUUAAUGGAUCUGUCAUUGCUGAUCCUAAAAGAUACAGAAAUGCAGAAAUGUCACUUCAAACUCAUGAUCCUCUAACUAACCCUGAAGAUGAUGGGAAUGAAAAUCCUCAGAUAGCUUCUCCAGUAGCAUCCAAAAGUCUAUUGAAUGUCAUGUCAGAAUUCCCUAGUGGACUCCAGAAGUCUCAUGUGAAUGAAGCCAGCUUGGAGACUACAUCUGUUGCAUCUUCUCAGUAUCAGGCUGACUUCAAUCUUGUUUUGGAAGACUCUGAAGAUGGACAGCAAGACGUCUCAAAAAGGGGAAAAUUACUGGAGUACACAGAAAACACAGGCUUUCAUCUCCAAGUAGGAAACUGUGGCAGUUCUGCAAUGAAUUCUUGGGUAAGAGAACAUGAUGACUUUGGGAAUUCCUGUAACGUAGCCAUGGAUAAUCUAAAUGACUCUAUACCGGUGAGUGAAGCCUUGAGGGAAAGUGGUGAUGACAUGCCUAUUGGCAAAAAGAAGAGGGCUCGGAGAAUUGUUUCUGAUAGCGAAGAUGAAGAUAAUUCAGUCAUGAUUUUGGAUGAAAAUCUGCUUGAAAAAAAGUUCUCACCCUUAAACAGCCCUCUAUGUCCAUCUCUGAUGGGGAUUACUUCAUCUACUCCUAAAUGUGAUAAAUCUAUGGUAGACUCCAUUUUUUCCCCAAGAGGAAACAGGUCUACAGCUUCUAGAAGAUCUCUUAUUAAUGUAGUGUUGGACCAGGUUGAGGAUAUUGAAGAAACCGUAGGAGCUUUCAGCCAAACACAGGAUAGUGAUGAGGUGCAAGAACUACUCAUGGUAGAAGAAGCUGAAGAGCAUAGUGUGGAGUCUGUGGAGCCUGAGGAAGAACCUGUUGGAGAAACACUUGAUACAGAAGGUACAGCCAGUUAUUUAGAUGAUACAGAGUCUGUUGUAUCUGAGGCAGAUGAAAUUGAGGAAGAGCCUCAAGAGGAAUCUACUGGUGAUCCUGAGCUGCUAUCUGGUGAGCAAAUGGACUGCUUUUCAAAGGAGAGUGCAGGCCAGAAAGAUGAUCAGACUAUUGUGGAUUCUCUUCAUACAUCAGAUAAUUAUGAUGCCCUGAUAGAAUGUGGGAAGAAACUGAAAGAUAAUGGAAAACUACAAGAUGCAUUGAACUGUUUCCUGCAAGCUCUUGACAUAAAAAAUGGAGAUCCUGAAGUUAUGCUUAUAACCUUAAAUUUGUAUAAACAACUAUCGCAGAAGUGAAGAUUUUGGUUACAAGUCAAUUCCCAAAAGAACAAUCACAAACCCAAUCUCACUUUUUCUGAGGGGAAGGACCCAAAACAAAACUUUGAUCUAAGCUAAAGAAUUGACUUAGACAAUGGACAAGAUUUGACUUUUUAAAAGGCUGGCACUGACAGAAGCUACAGUGAAGUGAGACUAAAACUACGAGAGAGACUUGG